AUGUCUUGCUGGUAUUUGACUAUUCAGGUUACCAAAUUGAGUAAUGGUCUAUUAGUAGCAUCUGUAGAGAAUAAUGCUUCUGUAUCAAGAGUAACUGUGGCUGCAAAAGCUGGAGCCAGAUAUGAAGAUGGGAAUCAGUUAGGGCUUACUCAUUUUCUACGCCAUUUACCUGUCAAGCAUAACUACAAAUUUCAAGAGGUUAUAUUCUUAAAAGGUCUUCAACAGUUAGGAUCAUCCUUUUACUGUAGCAACAGUAGAGAGUAUAUGUAUUAUACAGUAGAGAGUCUACGAACUGAAUUGGACGAUGCUCUGUUAUUUUUAGAAGAUGUCUCUGUUAAUCCUUUUAUCAACUAUUGGGAUAUUGGAGCUUUGGAUUCAAAUUUAAAAUUUGAUUUGCUUUGCCUGGAAAAUGAACCAGUUGCCAGAUCACUCGAUUCUCUACAUUUGGCUGCCUAUAGAAAUACAUUGGGAAGAUCAUUAUAUAUGCCAGAUUAUAUGAUUGGUAAUUUCAGUUCAGAACAGAUUAAUGAGUAUACAUACAAACACUAUUCACCUGAUAAUAUGGCUGUUAUUGGUAUUGGAGUAGAUCAUGAUGAAUUAGUUAGUAGAGCUGAAGAAUUUGAUUUUAGUGGUUCUCCACCUACUUCACCUGAUGCACCUAUACAAACUGGUGAUAGAAGUAAACCUACCCCUCCACAGAAAGCUGUAUAUAAAGGAGGUGAAAUAAGAAUACCAACUUAUACUGACCAAACUGUAGCAUCUGUUGCCGUUGAAGGUUCCAGUUUAUGUGACAAAGAUCUGUUAGCUGUACAAGUUUUACAGAAUUUAAUCUCUCACCAUUCAUCAGUCAAAUAUGGUGCAGAAACUUCAAAGCUAAACACAGCUAUUUCAAAAGCUACCAAUAAACCAUUUCACGUGAGAAGUUUCAAUAUGAGCUAUACAGAUGGAGGUCUAUUCGGGUUCACAGCUUGUUCUAGAUACGAUAACAUUAGAAAUGUGUUGAAGGCAGCAUUCGAUCAGUUUGUAACUUUAACUAAAGGCGGUAUCAGUGAACAGGAAGUUUCUAGAGCCAAAACCCAACUGAAAGCUGAUUUAUUCAUGUCCUAUGAAAAUGGUGGAUAUGUAUUAGAUGAUUUAUGUGAACAAGUUUUAUGUCACGAGAAAAUUACCUCCCCUGCAGAAAUUGCUAAGAAAAUUGAUGCUGUUAGUGUAAAAGAGGUUGAAGCAGUUGCUAAGAAGAUCGGAAGUAGUAAACCAUCUAUGAGUAUAAUAGGUAAUUUAUCAGAUGCACCCUACUUAGAUGAAUUAUAUAAAUAA